AUGAAGACCGCCACUCGUUUCUCUUCGGCCUUGAUAGCCACCACGGCUCUUGCCGGCGCUGCUUCCGCUAAGGUGUUGGAUUUGCCCAUUAUCAUCAAAGAUGGCUAUAAAAUGGUCGACUUUGGUGUUGGCGAGCCCGCUCAGCACUUCAAGCUCCUCUUCGAUACUGGCAGUGCGUCUGCUUGGAUGGUCGACGCCGAGUGCGCCGAAACUUGCUCUCACGUCGACAAGGGCCACCGCACCGGCUACAACAUCAGCAAGUCCUCUACCGGCAAAUUGACAGGACAGGACGCUUCAAUUGACUACCUCGGUGGCCGAGUUGCCGGCCCGACAGUCAAGGAGCAGUUCUCGGCGGGAGGAUUGACAUUCGAGGCUUCUUUCAUCGCAGCCAACGAGAGCAACUGGUCGGCUCUUGCUGCUGCUGGCUUCAUGGGUCUUUCGUUUGGCAGCAUCGCCGACGGUGGCGCCACUCCUAUUUUCGAGACUCUGAUGGCGGAGAAGUUGAUGGACGAGCCUCGCUUCGGCAUCUACUACUCCCGUGCGGACGGUGACGAUACCAACGGUGCUCCCGGCAAAGGUGUUCUCACCCUCGGCGGCUCCAGGGAGGACAAGUACGUCGACGGUGACUUGAUCACCAUCGAUCUCACCACCGGCGGCAAUGGAGAUUACGAUGUUUGGCGAUCUGUUCUGCACACUGUCACCGGAUCUUCCAAGUCGAGCAACUCCACCAAGAGCAAGAAGCAAGACUUCGCCAUGAACGGCGCCAGCAUCGUCUUCGACACCGGCGCCUCCAGCAUCGCGCUGCCCCAGGGCCAACUCGAGGAGAUGUACGAGUCCAUCGGGAUGAACUGGACGGCCAUCAUCAACGGCGAGCACAUCCCUCUCUGCAGCGAGUUCACCGACGACUGGUCCAUCACGCUGCAGGUCGGUUUCUACGGCUCGGAGAAGAACCUCACCAUCACCGGCGACCAGAUGGCUCUCCCUGGAUUUGCGAACCGAGAGGAUGCCUGCUGGCCUCCGUUUGAGGAGACGGACUCGACUGGUUUCUCGCUCAUCGGCACGAGGCUGUUGCGAAACUUUUACACCGUCUGGGACUACAGCGCGUUUCCCGCGGAUAAUGUUUUCAUGUCCCCUAAGGUUUCUUUCGGAAAGCUCAAGGCAGGAUAUUAG